UGUUUAGAGGCAAAACAAUCUGCCAAUCUGCCUGGAUAAGAAACGCAUUGGCAUUAACAACGCCACAAACACAAUCGCAGCGCAUUUGGCCGAUAGACGAACAAUUCUUAAAGCGUAGCAGAGCAACAACAACAACAACAGCAGCAGCAACAACAAAGCACCUGUUUCGUGGCAUGGCGACGGGCGGAGAAACAAAGGCGGAAUCGCCGAAACACAGUAAUCGUUUAGCAACAUCCAAGUCGCCGUAUUUGCUGCAACAUGCACACAAUCCCGUCGACUGGUAUCCAUGGUGCGAGGAGGCAUUCGAGCGUGCUCGCAAAGAGAACAAGCUAAUCUUCUUGUCUGUGGGCUACUCCACCUGUCACUGGUGUCAUGUCAUGGAGCAUGAAUCCUUCGAGAAUGCGCAGACAGCAGCGGUGAUGAACAAACACUUUGUAAACAUCAAGGUGGACAGGGAGGAGCGUCCCGACAUUGACAAGGUCUACAUGCAGUUCCUGCUCAUGUCCAAGGGCAGCGGUGGCUGGCCCAUGAGUGUCUGGCUGACUCCCGAUCUGGCGCCAUUAGCAGCUGGCACAUAUUUUCCGCCGAAGCCGCGCUAUGGCAUGCCCUCGUUCACCAUGGUGCUGGAGUCUAUAGCCAAGAAGUGGCGUGAGGAUCGUGGCUCGCUGCUGAAGGCGGGCUCCUCGCUGCUGGAGGCCAUGCGGAGCAAUCAGAAUGCGGCAGCUGUCGGAGAAGCCGCCUUUGAAGCUGGCAGCGCAGACGCGAAGCUUGCAGAGGCACUGGGUGUCCACAAGCAGCGAUACGAUCAGCAACAUGGUGGAUUUGGACGUGAACCGAAGUUUCCAGAGGUGCCUAGGCUGAAUUUUCUGUUCCACGCCUAUUUGGUCAGCAAGGAUGUGGACGUGCUGGACAUGGUGCUGCAAACGCUGGAUCACAUUGGACGUGGUGGCAUCAAUGAUCACAUCUUUGGCGGAUUCGCACGCUAUGCAACCACACGCGACUGGCAUAAUGUGCACUUCGAGAAGAUGCUCUACGACCAGGGACAACUGAUGGCAGCAUACGCCAAUGGCUACAGGCUGACACGGAGCGAUGAAUUUCUGGGCUAUGCGGAUAAGAUCUAUGAGUACUUGAUCAAGGAUCUGCGUCAUCCGGCUGGUGGCUUUUAUGCCGGCGAAGAUGCCGAUUCGUUGCCCACGCACGAGGACACUGUGAAGGUGGAGGGCGCCUUCUACGCCUGGACCUGGCAGGAAGUGCUGGAGGCCUUUAAGGCGCACAAGGCGCGCUUUGAUGAUGUCACCCCGGAGCGAGUCUUUGAGGUUUACACCUACCACUAUGAUUUGAAGCCAUCCGGCAAUGUGCCGUUGUCCAGUGAUCCGCAUGGUCAUCUCACGGGCAAGAAUAUACUCAUAGUUCGUGGCACCGAGGAAGACACGUGUGCCAAUUUCAAUUUGGAGCCGGAGCAACUCAAGCAAUUGCUGCAGACGGCCAACGACAUACUGCAUACGAUACGGGAUCAGCGUCCACGACCGCAUCUGGACACCAAGAUCAUCUGUGCCUGGAACGGCCUGGUACUCUCGGGUCUCUCCAAGCUGGCCAACUGUGGCACCGCCAAACGGGAUGCGUAUCUGCAAACAUCCAAGGAGCUGCUGCAGUUUCUCCGUACGCAUCUUUACGAUGCAGAUCAGGGACUGCUCCUGCGCUCCUGCUAUGGCGCAGGUGGCGAGGAUGACACGCUGGAGCAGAAUACUACACGCAUUGAGGGUUUUCUAGAUGAUUAUGCCUUCCUGAUUAAGGGUCUGCUGGACUACUACAAGGCAUCCCUGGAUAUGAGUGCUCUGCGCUGGGCCAAAGAGCUGCAGGAGACGCAGGACAAGCUCUUCUGGGACGAACAAAAUGGAGCCUAUUACUACUCCCAACAGAAUGCGCCCAAUGUCAUAGUUAGACUAAAAGAAGAUCAUGAUGGUGCUGAGCCAUGUGGCAACAGUGUCGCCGCCAGAAAUCUCACAAUUCUAUCACACUAUUACGACGAGGAUGCGUAUUUGAAGCGGGCAUCCAAGCUGCUCAAUUACUUUGCGGAUGUGUCACCCUUUGGACAUGCUCUGCCCGAGAUGCUGUCGGCGCUGCUGUUGCAUGAGCACGGCUUGGAUCUGGUGGCAGUGGUGGGACCCGAUUCCCCAGACACCCGACGAUUUGUGGAGAUUUGUCGCAAGUUCUAUAUACCCGGCAUGAUUAUCGUGCACUGCGAUCCACAGCAUCCGGACGAGGCAUGCAACCAGCGAGUGCAGCAGAAAUUUAAGAUGGUCAAUGGCAAGACAACAGUUUAUAUCUGCCACGAUCGGGUCUGUCGCAUGCCCGUAACGGAUCCGGCACAGCUCGAGGAGAAUCUGAUGGACAACUUCUUCAAGGAGCGCAUCUAAUUAGUUGAAACGCUGACAUUACUCGAAUUAGAUUUAGACUUACAUAGAUUAUUAUGAUAAAUACUGUUAAUGUUAUUGUUUUGUGGCUUUAAAAGCUGCAAUAGGUUCUCGGAACUAUAUAGUUAUUAUAUUAUAGUUGUUCUUAUUCUUCCGAUGUAUUAUGCCUGAAUAAAGAGACUUUACGCAAGACUAAUAA